UUUUUGCGCACGGUCGUUGUGGGUGGCCUGAAUGCGCAAUCUGCACGUCUACAACUUUAGAACAAGCACGUCGCGUACGUCGUUGCACACAUUCCCGACAGUCACUCUGGGAGUUCUCUUUCGAGAUGGCUGCUACGUGCUACGUAACCGACAAGGAUAUGCUGAAACAUUGGAAUCCGUUGAAAAGGUGGAUGCCAGAGAGUCCUAAAAGGCUACAGGUCACUCACCAACUGCUUCAGACAAAAGGACUUUUGGACAGGGCACUCAUUUUAGAGUCGCGUUACGCUACUGAUGAAGAGCUUGGGUUGGUGCACACGAAGGAGCACAUCGAGUUGAUCAAGGCGACAGAGAAAAUGUCCUUGGAAGAAGUGACGUUGGAGAACCAUAGCCUCGAUCCGGCGACCAGCAUAUGCCAGGAAACGUACCAGUGCGCCCGCCUUGCUUGCGGCUGCUUGCUACAGGCUGUCGACGCAGUCGUCACCGGGAAGUGCAGAAACGGAGUUGCUCUCAUCCGGCCGCCGGGUCACCACUCGGCCGCCGCCACGGUGUCCGGCUUCUGCAUCUUCAACAACGCCGCGGUUGCUGCGCGAUACGCCAUGCAACGUCACGGCCUCAAGAGGAUUCUCAUUUUCGAUUGGGACGUUCACCAUGGAAACGGCACGCAGGACAUUUUCUACGACAGCAACUCCGUACUGUACAUCUCCCUUCAUCGAUAUUCGAAGACGAUGAUCUUUCCGAAAACAGAAAUCUCGGAUGCCACAUAUAUUGGCAGAGGUGACGGGAAAGGAUACAACAUCAACAUACCCUGGACAAAGCCUGCCAUUACGGACGCCGACUACUUGACGGCCAUGUAUCAGUUGGUCAUGCCUGUCGCUUCAGAGUUUGACCCGGAGUUGGUGAUCGUAUCUGCUGGAUUCGACUCUGCAAAAGGAGACAUUCUGGGUGACUGUUGUGUCACGCCGGCCGGCUACCAACACUUGACCUCACUCCUGAAGAACCUGGCACACGGCAGGGUGAUCAUCCAGUUGGAGGGCGGCUACAACGUGGACGCAGUGGCAGAGUCCCUGGCUGCCUGCAUGGCGACGCUGAUGGGCGAUCCCUGCGGCUCUGUGACGAACAUGCAGCCCUCCGCGAGUGCCAUGAACUCGAUCUUGAGAGCUAAGGCGGCAGUGUCACCAUACUGGAAGUGUCUUACCGAAGAACCUACGCCUAUCGUUGUGGAGCCUGAAUGUGACAUUGAAACUUGGCAGAUCCCCGUCCUGAACUGUCCGCAUGGGAACAUGAUCAGCAGCCUGCCGAGCCACGGUCUGAGUGCAAACCUGCGGAACCUGGACGAUUUCAACAAGUGGAUAUGCCUCACGUGCUUUCAAGUGCUGGAAGGCGAAAUCAAAAGCGACGCCCUAGGGAAUCAUGCCGAAAAGAACCAGCAUUUUCUCGUGGUGAAUACGCACACUUUGCACGUUCGCUGCCUAUCGUGCCGACAAGGUGUCAUCCAUGAGGAAUUCAUUCCUAUUCUGGCUCAACUCUACAAACAGGAGUAACUACCACGGCAACAAGCUUCAAGCGUGCUUUUUUUUGUAACGUCAACGUAUAUCUGCAGCUGACAACUAUUGCUGCGUUUAUUAUGUAGGGGUAUUCCAACCUCGUAUGACAGAUGCACUGAAUGUGACGAGAUGGUGGGAAUUUUUCUUAUUAUUUUGUAACUGACUGCGCAAUAAAACAUCCCAAUCAAUCAAUCAAUCAAUCAAU